AUGGUUGUCUACCAUGAAUGGACACCGACAGAUCAAAAAAUUAAGAAUAAGAAGUUUACCGCGAAAGAUGGUAACUGGAAGAAAUCACAAAAUAACGCACAUGGUGUCAAGAAGAAGAGGAAAUGGGUCCCCGAGCACAAAGUAUACGAAGGCAGUGUUAAGGAAGGUCAGGGGUUUGCUUUAAAAAGAAAGGAAAGAGUCAAACAUGAGUACAACAAGCUGCUGCGGAAGGAGGAGAAAAAGAAGAACAAACCUGUGCCCAAAGUGUUUUACAAGGAGGAAUACCCAGAACACCUCAAGCAUCUAUACAUGGCCGAGGCAGUGAAACUGAAGAACGAGGCCUGGACCAAUAGAGUUAACAGGAGUAUGCUGAGAAUGAAAGCGCAGGAUAAGGGAGAAGAGACGGCUGAAAAUGAUGAUGAUGAUGAUGCUGAAGCUGAAGCUGAAGCUGCUGAUCCAGAUUCAGAAGUUACUGGUGGAUCUGAGCAGACAGAUUCUGGCACUGGGAACCCUGAACCAACAGCGGCCUCAGAGAAAGACAGUCUUCCAAUGAGCAACCGCAUGAAGAAAAAAAUACAGAAGAAGACGUCCUACCAGAAGUCAAACGAGGAAUUUGAGACAUUCGCACAGAAGCGUAAAAGGAAGAAAGAGGAGUACCUGAGCAGCAAGCAGCAGAGAGACGAAGCCAUUCAGAAGUACAAACUGAAAAAGGAGGAGACGUUUCAGAUGCUGAGCAAAAAGACCAGGAAAGGACAACCCAAUCUGAACCUCCAGAUGGACUAUUUGCUUCAAAAGAUCCAAGGAUCUGGGAAAUGA